AUGAAGGGGAAUACGAGCAAGGAUUUCAGGGAUUUCUUGUUCGACGAAUCGACGACGCCGCCCUUGGAAGAGCUCGAUAGCAUUCCUCCUCCCAAUGCCGGUAAUCGUGCCACUCCGCCUAGCGAUGCUGAUCGAGCCGAUGAAGAGCCAGUUGCCGACGUGGGUGAUAGUCCGGCUCCAGCCGGUGAUGGCCCUGCCAAAAGUCGCAUGCGAGCUCCUGGCACGCCAGCGGCGAUGAUCCGGCUGCAUCUGGUAUGUCGACCAAAUACACACAUUCUGGCUCCCGGGCGAUCUUCCAGACCUGCUGAGAUUGCAGCUGAGGCUGGUUCGUGGGCAGAUACCGCGCCCCGAAGAAACGGCAAGAGUCCUUCUCAAGAGAAUGACACGAAGCCGAGACGGAGCACGAAUGCCUCCCAUUAG